CAACAAUUAGGACAAUAUUUUGGAUUUUUUCUGCGAUUUUUACCAUUCUUCGAAACAUCUUUUUCUUCGAUCGGAGUAUCUUCGGGUACCAAAAUAAUGUGUUUAAAACGUAAGUACUUACUAAUAUUAUGUUAACAGGACAAAAUAUCAUUCGAAAACAAUUAUUUGAAACAGAAAUCAUUAAAAUUGGUUGAAAAAUAACUUGGUAACGAAUGAUUUUUUGUUAUUAGUAAAAUUAAAAAGGGCACAUUUGAGUAAUUUGGAGUUUUAUGGUAUUAUCUACCGUUUUCUACCUUUUAUUAAAAUGCUCUUACCUUUAAAAUGAAUACUAAAGGAUUAUAAAGCUGUUUCAAGCCUUAUGAGAGAGGAUUAGAACGUGAAAAGAUUAUCCAUAUAGCUAAUUUGGACAAUUUGAAGAGUUUCUUUGGAAUUUCGACCAUUUUCUUCUGUUUUCAAGACUACUCUUCCUUCAAAAUGAAUACUGAAAAGGGUAAUGAAGCUAUUUUGACCAUUUUGUUCUGUUUUCAAGACUACUCUGUCCUUAAAAUGAAUACUGAAAAGACUUUCGAGAGAGUAUUAGAAAGCGAAAAGAUUAUCCAUAUAGCUAAUUUGGACAAUUUGAAGAGUUUCUUUGAAAUUUCGAACGUUUGCUUCUGUUUUCAAGACUACUCUGCCUUCAAGAUGAAUGCUGAAAAGGAUUAUAAAGCUGUUUCAAGCCUUAUGAGAGAAGAUUUGAACUCGAUAUGACUAGCAAAACAGUCAAUUUGGAUAAUUUGGAGAGUUUCUUUGGAAUUUUGACCGUUUUCUUCCGUUUUCAAGACUAUUAUGUCUUCAAAAUGAAUACUAAAAAGGAUUAUUCAGCUGUUUCAAGCCUUAUGAGAGAGGAUUCGAACUCGAUAUGACUAGCAAUACAGUCAAUUUGGAUAAUUUGGAGAGUUUCUUUGGAAUUUCGACCGUUUUCUUCCGUUUUCAAGACUAUUAUGUCUUCAAAAUGAAUACUAAAAAGGAUUAUUCAGCUGUUUCAAGCCUUAUGAGAGAGGAUUCGAACUCGAUAUGACUAGCAAUACAGUCAAUUUGGAUAAUUUGGAGAGUUUCUUUGGAAUUUCGACCGUUUUCUUCCGUUUUCAAGACUAUUAUGUCUUCAAAAUGAAUACUUAAAAGGAUUAUAAUGCUGUUUCAAGCCUUAUGAGAGAGGAUUAGAACUCGAUAUGACUAGCAAUACAGUCAAUUUGGAUAAUUUGGAGAGUUUCCUUGAAAUUUUGACAGUUUUCUUUCGUUUUCAAGACUAUUAUGUCUUCAAAAUGAAUACUAAAAAGG